AUGGACUUUAAAGCAAUUUUACUACACAUUUAAAAUUACAUUUAGGUCAACUUUAGUGCUCUUCUAUUAACAAAAUUUCCAGUCUUUUAGCAAAUGUAACAUUUAUAAAUUAGCUUUUGCAUUGUCAAGAAAUCCCGCAAUUAAAGUAAAUUGCGUCACUAUUUUCAGCUAAGAGUUUCUGCAUCUUAAGCGACUACUUUCACAGCAUUAUCGCAGGUAAUGCCGAUCUUCCACUUUUUAUUUGACUUCUUCCAAAUUAUAACUUGUCAGUUUUUUUUUUUUUUUUGGCUAAUUUUUAUGUUUAUUUAAUCCAACAGAACAGAAGAGGCUUGAGUUUUAUUUCAUUAUUAAAUGAGUGAAAAUGUCUGUUUUCCCACUCGUGCCGCUUUUGUCCUUCAGAAUCUACUGGACUUAUUGCGUUAACAACAAAAAAAAAUUACAAUGAAUCAAAGAACAUAAACAUUGGAGCUCCGGUGUUAAAGGGUUGAAUUUAUUGGCUCAUAUCUUAAACGAUUUGUUCUGGAAAGUUUGUAUGAUGCUAAUAUGUCUUAAAUUGAAGCCCUCAGAUAUGAGAUGCUCAUGCAGGUUUUGACAUGAAAUGGUUCUGCUGGUGGAUCUUCUGUCCGGCGGAUCGGAUGACAGGCCUUCAGGUCCUUUUUGUUUGCGGGUCUGGACUCCCGUUUGCUCAGCUGCUUCCUGCACACAGAAACACAAAGCAGACGCAGGUUGGCGGUCCUCGGAUUUCACGUCGGAGGACACAAAUGCAGUUUAUUCUACACACAGUGUGUUACUGAAAUGUCUGCAUGGUUGGUUUGGAGGCGGAGUGUAACCUGAGGAUGGGAACAGCGGCCAAUGACAACGUUGUCAACAGGUGGGUUGGAAUUACACGGCAGGAGAUCGUCCAGAUGCUGCCGGACCAGCCAUGGACGCCGCCGCCGAGACCUCCUAUCUGGACGGGACUGAAAGCCUGUGUCCGGACCCCCCGUCUGCAGGUGACCCCCGCUGGGCCUACCUGCGCAAACCCAUCACCGCCGUAGUGAUGGGGUCCCUGAUGGGCGCGGCGGGCGCCCUCCUGCUCCUCCUGCACAGCUCGGAGGACGCGCCCCGCUCGGUGGGCUCGGCCUGCCUGUCCGUGGGGCUCAUGUUCGUGGCGGUGGGGCUGGUCUGGAUCCCGGUGCUGAGGGAGAAGCGGCGGCGGAAGCGCUGCCUCCAGGAGGCGUGAGCUGGAGGUGAUGUAACCUCCUGGUGGACUUUG